AUGCUCGGCCUCCGCGGCCUCCCCGCCGCGCCCGCGCCCCCGGCCGCGGCCGCACCGCCGAAGGGGCGAUGCAGCGGCAGCGCCGCCCCGCCACCAGCGAUGAUAACCCGGGUGUCGCUGGCUGUCCCGGCGGCUGUCUCGCUCUCGUUCGUCCUCUGGUCCAGUCCAGUGAACGCCGGCAUCCUGUCCGGUUUCUCGGGACUGGAGUCGACUCCAGGCCCCGACCUCCCCCGGCUCGAGUUCCUGGAGAAAUGGAAUGCGGAGAACCAGAAGAAGUACGCCGAAUUCGAUAACAGGUUCAAGAAGUCCAAGGUGCUGCAGGAGCUGCUCGAGAAGUCCCAGAAGAACAAAGAGAAGAACGAGAGGAUGAUCCAGGACAAGUACUGCCUGCGGGGCGCCGAGUGGGGCGUCGGGGACUGCUCCACUGAGGGCAUGACCGACCAGGAGAGGGAGGACUUCAUUUCGGAGCUCAAGAAGAGAACCGGAGCAGAAUAG